CUAGCUGUGGUGGUGUGGCGCCGGCGGCUGACUACAUUUAGGAUGGCUUCGAAAUCGGGGGACGGUAGGACCGUGUGCGCGCUGGAGUUUACAGUGCAGAUGACCUGUCAGAGCUGUGUGGACGCCGUGCACAAGACCCUGCAAGGGGUGGCAGGUGUCCAGAGUGUGGAGGUGCAGCUGGAGAACCAGAUGGUUUUGGUGCAGACCACCCUGCCCAGCCAGGAGGUGCAAGCGCUUCUGGAAAGCACAGGGCGGCAGGCUGUGCUCAAGGGCAUGGGCAGCAGCCAAUUACAGAAUCUGGGAGCAGCAGUGGCCAUCCUGGAGGGCCAAGGAAACAUACAAGGCGUGGUCCGCUUCCUACAGCUGACACCUGAGCGCUGCCUGAUCGAGGGAACCAUCGAUGGCCUGGAGUCUGGGCUGCACGGAUUCCAUGUCCAUCAGUAUGGAGACCUCACAAAAGACUGCUACAGCUGUGGGGACCAUUAUAAUCCUGAUGGAACAUCUCAUGGGGGCCCUCAGGACACUGACCGGCACCGGGGAGAUCUGGGCAACAUCCAGGCUGAUGAUGGUGGCCGAGCCACCUUCCGGAUAGAGGAUGAAAAGCUGAAGGUGUGGGAUGUGAUUGGCCGCAGUCUCGUUGUCGAUGAGGGAGAAGAUGACCUGGGCCGGGGAGGCCAUACCUUAUCCAAGAUCACAGGGAACUCUGGGAAGAGGUUGGCCUGUGGUAUCAUCGCGCGCUCUGCUGGCCUUUUUCAGAAUCCCAAACAGAUCUGCUCAUGUGACGGCCUCACUAUCUGGGAGGAGCGAGGCAGGCCCAUUGCUGGUCAAGGCCGAAAGGACUCAGCCCAGCCCCCUGCUCACCUCUGAACAUAGCCUCAGCUCAGGUUAUUCUCCCCACUUGGCUGGUCGGUCCUUGCUUGUGCAGGCCUAGGACAACUAAGUGCAGGACAGGUAGGCGAUGCUAUAGCCUUAGCAAAUUAAAUUGUUAUUUUCAUAUGGCA